AUGGUAAAACAGAGAUCAAGUGAGAGAUUAGUGAAACAUGAAUUAUGUGGAGUGUUAACAGUUGAAGAUAUGACAGUAUUGGCAGAAUUAUUAUCAGAAUGUCGAAGUUUUUCAAUAAUUGGCUGGUUAUUACCCAAAUUCCAUCCCAAGACAAAGGAUUGCUUGCCAGGAAUCUUAGUUGGUUGA